CACCCCGCGAGUAGUUCAACCCCGCGCGAUUCCCGGUCCCUCACCGUCUCGAUCCGCCCCCGGGCUGCCUGCAGGGGAUUUUCUUGAUCUCGGCCCGAUUCGGCCUCAAGGAGCCGCAUUUCCUCCGGAAUUGGGGAUCUCUCCCUCUCUCCCCGCCUCUUCGCCAUGGACAGCAGCGGCACCGACGCGGACGACGUCAGCGGCGACCCGAUGGACACGAUCGACACGGCUGCCUGCGAUCCCCACUUCCCCGAAGACGGCUACCACGGGGACAGCACGGAGUACUCGAGCUCCUUCGGGCCCUCUUGCUCUCUGUCUGACGAUGAGACGAGGUCGGGCGUGCACGACAUGGAGGUCGACUCGCCUUUCCUCGGCCGUGUCACUGCGGGUGGCGCCGCGGCCGCUCCCAAGGCUGUCAGACAGAAACUCGUGACAGAUGAGUGGAGAAAGACCGUUCGCCCGCUCAUGUGGCGAUGCCAGUGGUUAGAGCUGCGUAUGAAGGAUCUUUCGUCGCAAGUAGCAAAGUAUGACAAGGAAAUUGCUUUGAUCCAGCAUGAGAAGAAUCUGCAGCUGGAGAUGAUGAAACCAGAUAGUUCUGAUCCAGAAUUGGCAACACUGGAUGCCCAAAGCCAUGAUAGAAAUACUAUGGAGAGGAGAAGACGGCAGAGGCAUGAAGACAUUGUGGACACCUCACUGUACAUGAACAAUCAUCAAAUAUUAUCCUAUUACUAUGAAAAGAAAAACAGUGGAGCUGAUACAGAGGGUCUGUUGAUUCAUGAUGAUUUUGACAAUGCAGUUGCCGAUGAUACCAAACGAAGAGUUCCUGGCAAUACAUUACCAGGGUCUAAGGAAACUGACAGGGUGUUUGAACAAUAUUCUUUAAGAGAUAUUCUGCUGACAAUUGAUCGUAUGCAGUCUAGAGUCCUUGGCCUUCAAAAUCGUCUCAGCAAGGUUUGCAGCAAUCACACACAAGUUAAGGUGCCUCAAAAGAGUCACAAGGCCCGGACCCAGAUAGCUUCUUGUAACAAGGAUGGACAGCGUCCUCAGAAAAAGCGGGAUCUGCAUACUUUGCUUGAGAAUGAGGAUACAUAUAGACCACUUGUUGGAGUGCCAUCUACUUUAUCAGAUAGGUCCACUGGCUAUGUAACGGGAUAUGCCAAGAGAAAUUUUGCAGAAGAAGGUGCAACACAGCCGUAUGCAAAGAAAGUCACAUUUGAGACAAUCUUUGGUGCAGACAAUCCCUUAAUUCAUACUCAUGUAGGAGAGUUAUACAAAGAAAGUGCUGAUGAUGUCCUUAUAUACAAUCAAGCAGCCCAGUUGGAAGAGUACCAGCAGUUUGAGAGGGUCAAGAAGGAAGCAGAGAAUCAAGUGAAGCUCGCUAAUAAGGUUGCUAACACCCUUCUUUUCAGAGGAGAAGAGACUGUUGCAAGACAGUUGGUUAAGCAUGAACCAGUUCAUGAAAUAGCUUCAACUGUGAAGGCAGUUGGCCCUGGAAGUAAACGAGGCAAGAAAUCAAAGAAGAAACUUGUGAGCUCUCUGCCACCUUUGGAAGACCAAGCCAAAAAGUCCCCUGAGGUACCUGCAAAGAAGAAAAUUGAGAAAGACCUACACAGUUUGAAGAAUGAAAAGCCUAUUUUUGUAGCUGUGGAACCCCGGAAGAGCAAACGAGUCCCCAAACCCAAAAAGUAUGGAAGCGAUUGAAUUCCAGGUCUGGCCUCCAGAUUCAUUGUGGUAUGUGCUGUCCCAGUUUCUAGCACAUGGAACCUGAUGUGUUACCUAUUUGGUUUCUGUAAAUAGGUAUAGUUAGCAAAUGAAUAUUCUGAUGUAGCAUAUCUGCCCUAGCUCCCAUUAGGGCGCACCUUCCUCAGAAGAGGUAAGAAUGACAGCAACAAUUGUUUGCUGAGGUCAAUUUUUUGGUUGUGUUGCUUCAAGACAUAGCUGCUGCUGCUUGGAGAUCAUUCUUGUGAAACCUGCAUUGUAUAAGGUAACAUUGGACAGAAGUAUAGUCUGUCGCAAUACAAGCUGUUUCGUCAAUGACAAAUAGUGUACAUUUAUGAUGGUUAUCAAUUAAAUGCCAUUUAUAUUGCAA